UGAAUGAUGUUUGUGCUGGUGUUUUUCCGUUGCCACCUGACAUGGCACAUGUCAAAGCCGUUGUUCAUACUCAUUCCGUUAAGGCUAUAAAAUAUACCAGACGCGAUGCUGCGGUACAGGCUCUUAUGACAUUGAACAUAUCCCGACUUACGAAGGGCAUUUGGAAUCGAGCCAAUUGCCGCGAGUACGAAGAAGGUGAGAUCUGUACCAUUCCGAUCGGCACAGAUCAUGAACUCAUCGAUCGAUUACAUGACGCAUUGAAAAGUAAUCCAAGCAGUUGCAGCGUUCUGGUUCGAGAUCAUGGGCUGUUUGUUUUUGCUGAUACUUGGCGAAAAGCUAAAAAAGAAUGUGAGAUCAUCGAACAGCAAUUCGAGCUGGAAGUCUAACCAUUCAAGCAAACACGAACAGAACAAGCAAAUUGUACAAAUGUUUCAACUGAUUCAAAGAGGGAAGAAAAACAACAAUAAAAAUUAUAAAACAAUCAGCUUGAGAAUAUAAAUAAAUCAAAAUAAAAGCCAAUAAUUCGAUUUCUUAAAACUGUGCAUUUAUCAU